AACAUCGCGAGAACGCAGCGUGAAUGGGAAAGCAUGACAGCGGCGUGCUACGGCGAACAGACAAGCUUCAGAACUGAUUAAAUAACUAAAUAAAACUUUAUCAACUUUGUUUUCAUUUUAAAGAUACGAGUUUGAAACCACCAACGCCAAAAUGAGUUUACUCGCCAAAAUCGCAGAAAUCGAGAACGAGAUGGCUCGUACUCAAAAGAACAAGGCCACAGCUCAUCAUCUGGGUCUGUUGAAGGCAAGAUUAGCUAAACUGAAGAGAGAGCUCAUCACUCCUAAAGGAGGCAGUGGAGGAGGCGCUGGAGAGGGUUUUGAUGUGGCAAAAACUGGUGAUGCCCGAAUAGGUUUUGUUGGUUUCCCUUCAGUCGGCAAGUCAACUCUUCUGAGUAACUUGGCUGGGGUUUAUUCUGAGGUAGCCGCCUAUGAAUUCACCACACUGACAACUGUACCCGGUGUCAUCCGAUAUAAAGGAGCCAAAAUCCAGCUUCUGGAUCUCCCAGGUAUCAUUGAGGGAGCCAAAGAUGGCAAAGGCCGAGGACGUCAAGUUAUUGCUGUUGCCCGCACUUGUAAUCUCAUCCUGAUUGUCUUGGACGUUUUGAAGCCUCUUGGGCACAAGAAACUUAUUGAGCAUGAGCUGGAAGGUUUUGGCAUCCGCCUCAACAAGAAACCACCAAAUAUCGGCUUCAAAAAGAAAGACAAGGGUGGAAUCAACUUUACUGCCACUUGCGCCCAAAGUGAACUGGACUUGGAGACGGUGAAGAGCAUCCUCUCCGAGUACAAGAUUCACAACGCUGAUAUAACUCUGCGAGGCGACUGCACCGCAGAUGAUCUCAUUGACGUGGUGGAGGGAAACCGGGUUUACAUCCCCUGCAUUUACGUCUUAAACAAAAUCGACCAGAUUUCCAUUGAGGAGCUGGACGUUAUCUACAAAAUCCCUCACUGCGUGCCAAUCUCAGCACAUCACCGCUGGAACUUCGACGAUCUGCUCGAGAGGAUCUGGGACUACCUGCAUCUAGUGCGCAUCUACACGAAACCAAAAGGACAGCUUCCUGAUUAUACAUCACCUGUAGUACUGCCAGAUGGAAAGACAGCUGUUGAGGACUUCUGCUUAAAGAUCCAUAAAAAUCUAAUCAAAGAGUUCAAAUAUGCGUUGGUGUGGGGGUCGUCUGUAAAGCACAACCCGCAGAAAGUCGGCAAAGAUCACGUGAUGGAAGACGAGGAUGUGAUUCAGCUAGUGAAGAAAUAAAAAGACUGGUGUUUUGCAUGAUCAUUACACAUCAAGGAAGAAGUUAUAAGACAUUUCCAAAUGCCCCGAAGGUUCCCACGGCACCUUUCCUGUUUUUCAGCUUUCAUUUUAAGACACGGACGUAUAAAUGGACACAUUGUUAAUCUGACUCAUUUUGGAUUACCAUCAGAUAUUUGAAUGCAGAUGUUGUUAUCAAAGUGUAUGAAAGUGUUAAAUAAAACUCUGGAAUGAAAAUCAAUAAACGUCAAUAUGUGAGACUGA